CUCCCCGUCCCUCAGCUCAGCGCAGCAGUGCGUCCCUCACCGCGCCUCGGAUGCCCAGCGAACAGCAGCUUGGAGCGGAGGAACAGUCCAGCCUUGCGCCGCCCAUCUCCACACCGCCACCAUCUCCUCCAGCAGCUCCAGCACCAGCAGCAAACCCCCCAAACCCAAAGCAAUGACAUUCUUACCGCAGCGACAGAGGCAAACGUUUAUUUGACAACUCCCGAGCCCGCUCCUCUCUUCUCCUUGCUGCCAGCGGCCUGUCCCUCCUGUCCCCACCAGCCCAUCGGCCCUCCCAGUUCAGCAGGACCAUGAUGCUCAGCAGCUCCGUGGAGGUGCCCAGCCCAGGUGGGCUGAGCGGCCUCAGUGGGCUGAGUGAGGCAGCUAGAAAUGUGGUGCGCUCCUCCAGCAUCUCAGGGGCCAUGUACAGCCUGGACAAAAGUCCCAGCAACGGGGGUCCAGAUUCAUCGUCACUGGCUGGAAACAAGAAGCGGCGCUCCAGUUUGGGUGCCAAGAUGGUGGCCAUUGUAGGGCUGUCGCAGUGGAGCAAAAGCACACAGCAACUCAACCAGCAAGAUGGAGGGAUGAAGAAGCUUCGCAGCACCAUCCGAAGGAGCACAGAGACCGGCAUCGCCGUGGAGAUGAGGAACCGAGUGACACGGCAAGGCAGCAAGGACUCCACGGACGGCAGCACCAACUCCAACAGCUCAGAUGGAACGUUUGUCUUCCCCACCACUCGCCUGGGGCCUGAGAGCCAGUUCAGUGACUUUCUGGACGGACUCGGACCCGCUCAGAUCGUAGGCCGACAAACGCUAGCUACACCCCCCAUGGGCGAUGUUCAUGUAGGCAUGGUUGACAGAGGAGGACAGCUGGAGGUGGAAGUGAACCAGGCCAGGGGGUUGACCCCUAAACCAGGAUCUAAGAACACACCAGCGACCUACGUGAAGGUGUACGUCCUGGAACAUGGAGUGUGCUUGGCCAAGAAGAAAACCAAAGUAGUGAAGAAGAAUCUGGACCCAACCUACCAGCAGGCUCUACUGUUUGAUGAGAGUCCUCAGGGCAAAGUCCUACAGGUAAUAGUGUGGGGGGAUUACGGGCGUAUGGACCACAAGUGCUUCAUGGGAAUGGCCCAGAUCCUUCUGGAGGACUUGGACCUGUCGGCCACAGUCAGCGGCUGGUACAAGCUGUUCCCUACCUCCUCUCUGGCAGACCCCAGCAUCGGACCCCUCACCAGACGCCUCUCUCAGUCGUCCCUGGAGAGUGCCACCAGCCCCUUGUGCACCUAGACGCCCACACGAGCAAGCCGAGUCACUCACACACACACACACACACGCACGCAUGCACGCACGCACACACACACACACACACACACACACACAUCCUGUUACUCCACUCAUAUUUCAGCCACUGAUUAGCAGGUCUAAGACCUAAACAUGUAGCAUUUUUCACACACCACCGGCGGGGUGCCACGCCCCCUUAUCCCAGGUCACCUGAUCUCCGUGGCGCGUCUCAUCCCAGGGCCAUCCCAAUGCCAGUUUCUAAACUCUCUAUGCCAAACCGAGAAACAAAACUUUAUUUUUUAAAACCAAAGCAAUUGUUAUUGUUGUUAUAUAAGUAGUGGGUGAACUAGUAUACAAUAUCAAGUCUGGAUAUGUAGCAGAGUCAAUGACUUAGAUGUAAUGCAAAAAGAAAAAACAAAAGAAAAAGAAGAUCCGUUCUGCACUCACGCUGAGAUGGACGAGUCAAACUCAAACAAACCUGCAGAAAUUCACGUGAGGUAGCAACACUGCUGUUCUACCAUUUCCACAGGGCAGAGUUUAUAUCUAAAUAUACUCCUGAAUAGAUAGCUAAACGCUUAUUUGUCUUUAUAUAGUAAUAUGUGUAUCGGCUGCAUUCUGCAUGACUGCUUGCGAGACAUUUAGAAGUGCUUCAAUCUUUUGAUGUUUUAUUUUGGAGCUUGCUCUGACUGGAGGAGCAGUGCUGCUCUGGGGGGAAGGCCUUUGGUCUGACAGCUGGAGCGACGCCUUCACCUUCAGACCCACGGAGCAAAUCAGGGGGCGGAGCUUGUGUUCCACAACUGUCUACCAGCACUUGGACUUUAAUUUUUUUGCACUUCCAGUUUCUUGUUUGUCUUGAUGUCAAUAAUUCUUCUUCCUGUUUGGUGAAGGACGCAGGGCUCCUUCCUUGCUGGUCUCCUGGCGGCUGCUUUCUCACCACUCACCCAUGCUUGCUCCUCUGAACCUGCUGUAAAUGUGUAAACAUGUAAAUAUCUCCUGAAGAGGUGUUCCUUUUUAGAUAUCUAUUACACACUUAUUAUCAUUAUUAUUAUAAACAGUACCCAGCCAUAAUAUAGUAGUUUUUUUCUUGUUUCAGGUGCAAUAUGUCAGCAUUCCUAUUUUAUAUUUCCUGCAGAAAGUUUGUGUUUUGGAUUGCACUUUACUAUAGUUAUGAAUCAUUUUUAACUUUGAAACUUGAGCUAUUGUCGACCAUUUCUGUUAUUAUUAUUUUUUUUAAUUUGAUCAAACACAACAGAAACAGACUCAGAGUGGAUUUUAUUACAUUUCAAAGAUGCACUAGAGCAGCUGAAACAGGUCAGUCCUGCCUGUCAUCACACAUGAAAUCCACGUCGUCAGUAGCGGGAUUUCCUUGCAAAAAACAAAACAAAACAUGGGUGUUGUCGCCAUAUCUACUUAUAUCUAAUGAACCGUUUUCUCUGCUGUCCCUUUUUCCAGGACAGAAUGAUUAUUCAGCAUGUAACCAAGAGUCUGGUGCUGAUUACCGUAAUUGUAGUUUUUCUGCACAAGGUCAAACCUACAUACAGCUUCAAAUACUUACACACCUACAUCUGCAUCUUUCAUUGAUUGGUGCUGAAGGUUCUAGAAGGUUGGCCGUCUCUCUUUGCUAAGCUAGAAAUGAUUUCUUGUAAAGAACUUACUGGACUGACCAACACUCCGAGCAACGGGAAAUAGUUAAGAAACUCAAUUUUAUAUUAUAAUCGGUCACUCUGAGAUUUUCAUGCAGGCUGAACAUGACAACAGUUUCCUUCACCUAGAGAUGAAAACAGACGGUGAAACUCUAGGAUUAGAAAAACCUGAUAGAUCUACGUCACACUGUCACUUAACGUUCAUGGACUCACCCAUCUGGACUCACGACGGGGAAGGCUGUUGUUGGUUUAGCGUCCAGGAAACAGCUGAGAACGUCUGGGCUAGUAGAGGCUAACCGUUAGCAACUCCACCACACAGCAGAACUCCUCCAGGCUUGUGUUAUUUGUGGAGAUAAAACAUCAACGUUGCAGAGCAAACAGAGUCAGUGGUGGAGCCGUGUUUCUCUUAGCCAGUCAGAGGAGAGAUGUCCACACAUCAGGAUGCCAUCAAAUAUCUGGCUGAAUUCUCCACGCUGAAAUGGGCGCCAGAGAAUGACUUACAAGGCAUUCAUUCCUACUAGAGACCGCUGCAAAUGUAUUAAAAAUAUAAGUAAAGUUGACUUUUGAAGAUAUUUCUAAACAACUUUGGAUUCUAAGAUCAUCAGUUCAGUUAACGUCAUGUCUGUUUGUUUCCUCUGUCGCUAAGCAAAGAGCCAGACCGUCCCUCUGAGCUGAGAGGAGACCGGUGGAACUUGCGUAGAGGAAAGAAAUCCACGAUAAAUUUAGACUUCUCAAUUAGAAGACUCUAGUUGAACGUUUCUGGCCGUGGCGAUAAAGAAUCACUCUGCAGAGCCGGAAAUCUUUUUUCUUCUUUAAGAAUGAAACAGUUCUAUGUUUACAUGGCCUGACCUGAAUUUGUACUCUAGGUUGAUUACAUGUGAGAGUACUUCAUUAGGAUCUGAGAAGUGGUGAAAAAGCACCAGAGACCUGUCAGCUGUUCUAGUGGGUGAGUUGAGCGCAGCCCAACACCAAAUCGUGCUGCUGGAUAAAGAUCGUUGUUUGGGUUUAUUGUCACUCUUUGUUCUUUCAUCCGAGCUCUUGUCUUACUGUUGUUCAGGAGAAAAAGGGAACACUUAGUCGUCUCAGACUAAUACGACUCACAAUUCUUUGAACUUUGGAGGAAAGGGAUCUCUGAAACUCUUAGAUGAUAGAAACAGGUUGUGUGUUGACAUUGCUGUCCCUGCUUUAACACCCCAGUGGAUUCAUCCCUUUUUAUAAGCACCGUCAAGAUCGGAGUAAGGUUUUGAUGCUAUCCCUUUGCUGUACCUGUACCUGUAUGGUCAAAUAUAUGACCCGAUUUUAUGUAUCUUAUAUUUUUUACGUAAUUUUUUCGGGGACAGCUGGCAUGAUGUAAAAUAUGAGGAUUGCCUCUCUGUACACAGUCUUUUAAAUGUGCGCCAUUCGGAGGGAAACACAAGGGUUGGAAGUCGGGUUAGAACAUGAAAUGGAACGAUCCUCCAAAAAAAAAAAUGUUUUUUCAUUUUAACCUCCCGACUAGAUAAAGAGUUUUUUGAGAACUCUAAUAUUUUCCUGUGUGAAUCCUGUUUGCUGUUCACUGUUUACCACACUUCUUCUUCUUCAGAUGACUGAAAGUAGAGACUAUUGAGUGCAUUUGCCAUAUUUGUGCAAAAUGUUUGAUUCCUGCAACCAAAAAGCGGAGAAGUUCGGAUGUUGCCUUCGACGUGUCGCGUGUUUUAUUAAUGAGGUGCAUUUAUUGUGCUGUGUGAUGCAUUCAUGUGUGGCAGCGCAGUGAGUGAUGUCAUGUAGACUCUGACUGAUGCAGACAGGGCUCAGGGUUAUUCUGAGCAUCAGCGUCUCUUCUUUUAGAAGCUUUUGUUGUGUUAAAAGUCCUUAAUGCACAUCGCACGCUGCCUUUCAUGCCAGAGUUUUAAAGGUGAUGUUUAGAAAUAACACAAUUAUAGUCUGUUAGCUGCGAUCUCCAGAAAUCUCACUGGGAGGGAGUUCAGGAAUGACAGGGACCGUUGGAGCUACGGUGUCCUGUAUGUAGCACUCGGAGUGUCCUGGAGAUGACGCUUAACUAAAGCUGCACCACAUUUUCGCUGUGGUUCUGUAAACGUGGCGGAGCUGUAUUCAUCUGUUUAACUGGCUACGGCGGCCAUCUUGAAUGAUGACUGUAAACAUUACUCAUUCGUAGACGAACGUGUAGCACUUCUUCGGAUUCGUUCUGACUUGGUCUUGAGAAGUUUUGCUAAACGAGGAACAGGUUAACUCGAACGAGGCGUUUGGAUCAGGUGGUAGCUCGAUAAAACUGACAGAGUUCAGUCUCGAUUAGUUUUGGAGACCAUCUUGAACAGGGCUGACAGUUUCUAUACCUCAGUGGUUAAGGAGUUAGUUGAUGCCAAGGUUAGGACUGGUGGUCAGCUACUGUUGCAGGUCAACAUGUCAGUCACAGACCAACAGUCGGGUUUACACGGCAAAUGAAUGGUGCCAACUUUUGAUCCUUUCAACAAUCCUGUGAGUAUUGUAACGACUCUAAGGAUGAGUCCAUCAGAUGUUCCUGCCGUGUUUGGGACCUCAGGACCACUCUGAUCAAUAAUCUGGGAUUUUCAACAGGUUUUACUGUCUCGUCCCGAUAUUCCAGCACAGGUUGUGUAACCCAACGACCCAAACGAGAGUGUCGCCUGUUGAAUGGGACUUGUAGCCAAUCAUGAGUCCACAAACUUAUCACCAAUAGCUCCUCUUUGUCCGCCAUGUUGGUGUACUCCAAAGUCCCGUUUGAUCCCGAGAGUUUUCGUGAGAUUUCCCGUGUGGCCAGGGAAUGUUCGUGAGUCACAUGUGGACUCUUUCAUGUUUUGAGGUGGCCCUCAGAGACCAACAUCAAGCUCAGAGUUUUGGUCAUCUUGUGUUUGAGCAGCUUUGGCAGCGGGUGUAUGACUUUAGUGAGUUUUAAUAAAGCUACAGUCACCAUGAAAUACCAGGAUGUUGUCUGUCUUGGUUUGGAGGGGCUGAAAACUGCACAGACCUUGUUUGUUUUUAUUGUGACGGUGGAUUCAUAAAGCACGACAAAAAAAAAAAUCACUGGAUUUAUCAAGUGUUCACUGUCGACACUUUAGGAGCGUAGAGUCCGAAACGUGGAAACUUGCUUCGUCCUCUCUGCAGUACUGUGUUGAAAACACAUUUUAUUUUUGUAAGGACAGAGAUUUUAUUGAGAGAGCUUGAGAGAGGUGGCGCGGGGUAACACCUGCCUUUAGAUUUUUGCAAAAACAAUGAGGGCUUGAUCAGUUUACAAUUGCCUUAUGUUGAGUAGGAGACAUGCUUCAUUAUUGUAGCACACAGAUGAAAGUUCUGAAAUGUAUUCUGCUUGUAAUGUUGUAGUGAAGUUCUAUAUGUGUAUAUCAUUUUAUGAAUGUAUUCUAUAUGCUGACACAGCGAUGGCGUGCAAAUGUUUGUCACCUUCUUUGCUAUAUUUCAUCACUUUUAAAGACUUUUAGGGGACUUGGGUGUCCUCCACUCUUACUGUACUGUAUUCUGUUUGUCCUACUGCAUCCUGAACAGAACGGCUCUGUCAGCGCGAAUCCCGUUGGGCGACACACCUUUUUUUAUUUAUUUAGAAAUCGCCAAGAUGGCUUUCAAGCUGAAAGGAGUGCUGCCCCCAUCCCUGCACCACUUAACCUCUCAGAUUUACCCAGCUGAUCUAGGAAACGUUUGCAGCAUGGUGUGUAUAACAAUAAUCCUGAGCUGAAGCGUAAUGCUGACACCACUGGUGAAGAAAACGAGCCACAGCAAUGGAACAGAUUAGAACCGAUGAGAUGCGAGAGAACGCUGUAUCUUAAAGUAGCCUUGCGUUUUCACACUCUUUCUGGCAAUAAGCAUUAGCUGUAGCCUCUACGGUUGCCAGGACUUGUUCUGUUUCUCAGAGCGGUGGUGGUGCCAGCUGAGCCACCAUAACAAAUAAACACAUUUUCAAGCGCUUGAAGUAAUUUAGACUGAAUUAGCAUGCACUGCAUUGUGUACAUAAGCUAUAUUUUUGAUAUCCUUCAUGUGCAGCAGAGUUUAAUUCAUUUUCUGUUAUGGAAGCAUGCAUUCCACGGGUGUUUGCUCGAGUUGCAGCUGUCACGAAAGAAAACAUCCCUGCUGAGCUGAACGCUCAUCCACUCCAUCCAUGUCUUAUCAGCAAUCACAGAACACAUUUAAGCAGCCAUUUAGCCCUUUUUCUUCUCUGUCAGACAAAUUUAAGGCCGCAGUAGCUUCCGUUGCGACUGUCAAGACAACCCUUCAUCUUAUCAAGCCCAGAAAGCACAAAACGUCUUACUCGAAACAAAGUCAAUGCUUUGGACCAAAAUUAAAUUCCCAAGCACAUUUAUUAAACUAAAUGCAAAAACACAAGCAGAUGUCUUGUGAAACUAACAUAAAAUGUACAUUAGUGACACUAAUGCUGGUGUUGGUAAAUGAGUGGUUGUCUUUUCCGAAAUGGCCUUAAAAGGUUCCAACGAGGAGUGUUUGAGCAGAGGUGACGAGAAACAGACUGUGAUGAAACGAUGUGGUUUGUGAGAAGGAAGACAAAAAAGCGGAGCUGUAAUUUUCUACCUGUGCUUUGUAAAUGUUUUCUAUGUGCAGUAUUUGAUAAUGUAAAACUGGUAUUUUUGUGGUUUGUACGCUGCAAAAUUGAUUACUUAAGGUGCACGUAGUUUUGUAAAAAAAAUAAAUAAAAAAGGAACCAAAUUGGUUGGAGAGAAAAAAAGAGGAGUUUCGGAUUCAGAAGCUUGUAUUUGCAUGCCUGUUUAACAUCUGGAUGCGAAGUCAAUAAAGUUUAUUUGAAUCACC